UCCCGACUAUCCGCACCCCUCCCGCCCUGGGGGCGCUCUGCCUCCACACCGCAGCCGCCCCUGAGGUGGUUCCGGAGCGAGGGGCGAGAACAAGUUCAAGCACCGCUCUGAUUGGAAGGUCCGCCUCAUGAAGCUCCGCCCCCCGCGAAAGGACCCACCAAUGGGCACGGGCGGCGCGCCGUAGCACCGCGAGAGUUGCGCUGAAGCUGGUGCCGCCAUCUUGGAGUUGGGAGAGGCCGCGUCCCGUUGCUGUCCCUCUCGGAGGGUCGUUAGCGGGGGGGGAGGGGGGAGGAUGGUAGCCCGACGGUGAGCGAACGGCACCCGGGAGUCCCUCCUCGCGCCGCCGAGCGGCGGCGACCGCGGGGCUGGCGGGAUGGUGCAGUCGUGUUCCGCCUACCGCUGCCGGAACCGAUACGACAAAGAGAAGCCCAUCUCCUUCCACAAGUUUCCUUUGACCAGGCCCGAUCUAUGCAAGAAAUGGGAGGCGGCGGUGAAAAGGAAAAACUUCAAGCCCACCAAGUACAGCAGCAUCUGCUCGGAGCACUUCACACCCGACUGCUUCAAGCGGGAGUGCAACAACAAGCUGCUGAAGGAAAACGCUGUGCCCACUAUAUUCUGUUACACUGAGCCCAGUGAAAAGCCUGAGGAAUUUUCAGAGCAGCCAGAUGAUCCGCUUCCACCACCGCCACCGCCGCCGCCUCCACCGCCACCGCCGCCACCGCCACCACCUGCAGCUCCCAUGCUACCGCCGUCUCCAUCAGCUCCUUCUUUUCAUUUAUCUCAGAUAGAUGCCAGAUUUGUAGAUCCAAGUAUCGGAUUAUUGAUGCCUCCUCUCCAGACGCCUAGCAAUCUUGCUGUUUUUUGUGAUCACAAUUAUACCGUAGAGGAUACAGUUCAUCAGCGAAAAAGAAUUCAGCAGCUAGAGGAACAAGUUGAAAAACUGCGAAAGAAGCUCAAGACGGCGCAACAGCGAUGCCGACGUCAGGAGAGACAAAUUGAAAAACUGAGAGAGAUUGUUCAGUUUCAGAAAGAAAAAGACAUCCUGGCAGGAAAAGGCUAUGUGAUUCUGCCCAAUGACUAUUUUGAAGUUGUAGAAGUUCCUGCAUAAAAGUCAUGAGCGUCCAUCUCCACUUGGCUAGGCUAAGAAGUUUAGUUUAAAAACUCAAUGCUCUCGAAUUCUGUUUGGGAGACUCUUCCAGAAUCCUAAAUCAGCAAAUAAGCUGUCAUGCAUAGGAGAUCACAUUUUUUAAUUUGUUUUCAUUUAAGUUUGAUAUGUUUUUUAAUGUACUGAAAUUGGAAACAUCUCAGAAUUAGGAUGCACAUUUAUUUUUUGAAAUAGGAAUUGCUUUGCAGAAGGAAAGGAUGCAUGGUUAAAUACACUUAAAA